UCACUGUCCAGUAAUGGUUUUCUUUAUCAAACCAAAUCACAGAGCGAGCUAUAACGCUUUUUAAAACACCGGUGGAGGGAAGUAUUUGUGAAGGAGGAGGAGUUUAUUUUAUUUUAUUUUUUAAAAUGAGGUUCCUAAAUUUGUGGGCAUUGAUUCUAGGUUUUGUUAGUUUAGUUGAUUUUAGUAAGAAUUGGGUGCCGGUUGAAGCUGGCUUUGAGGGUUUCAAGUUUGCACAAGAAGAAGCUAUUUUUCAUGUUGAUGGAGAUGGACUUCCUUCUACUUCAGAUUCAUCUGAUCCUAAAUUGGUUGAUCUCACACUUAUUCAAGGAGCUGCCGAUAAAGGAGCUGUUUGUUUAGAUGGAACUCUUCCUGGUUACCAUUUAGACAGAGGAUUUGGGUCAGGGGCAAACAGUUGGCUCAUCCAAUUGGAGGGAGGAGGUUGGUGCAAUACCAUUAAAAAUUGUGUUUAUCGCAAAACGACUCGUCGUGGCUCAUCAAAAUUUAUGGAAAAGAAAAUUGCGUUUACAGGAAUUUUGAGCAACAAAUCUGAGCAAAAUCCUGAUUUUUUCAAUUGGAAUAGAGUCAAGCUUCGUUACUGUGAUGGUGCAUCAUUUACCGGGGAUAGCCAAAAUGAGGCCAAUCAAUUGUAUUUUCGAGGGCAGCGGAUCUGGUUAGCGGGGAUGGAAGAGUUGAUGUCCAAGGGGAUGUCUAACGCCAACCAGGCCCUUCUUUCUGGAUGCUCUGCUGGGGGUUUAGCAUCCAUUCUGCAUUGCGAUGAGUUUCGGGAGUUAUUUCCAUCAACUGUUAAAAUCAAGUGUCUGAGUGAUGCUGGAUUUUUCCUUGACGCGAUUGAUGUAUCUGGCGGUCGAACUCUAAGAGAUAUGUAUGAAGGUGUGGUUAGCUUACAGGGGGUGGAAAAGAACUUGCCUCAAAAGUGUGCUGACCCAACUUCGUGCUUCUUUCCUCAAAACUUGAUUAACAACAUAUCAACCCCACUAUUUCUACUGAAUGCUGCCUAUGAUGCAUGGCAGGUCCGAGUUAGUUUAGCACCUUCAUCAGUUGACCCUAAAGGUCUCUGGAAACAGUGUAAAUUGAAUAUUGCAAAUUGCAGUGAAUCACAGAUCCAAUUCCUUCAAGGUUUCAGGCAUCAAAUGCUCACUGCUGUAGACCAGUUCUCAAGGAAGAAGAAAAAUGGAGUAUUCAUAAAUUCAUGUUAUGCUCAUUGCCAAAGUGAGAUACAGGAUAUUUGGUUCGCCGAAGAUUCUCCCCUUAUCAAAAACAGGGGUAUCGCACAAUCUGUUGGAGACUGGUAUUUUGAUCGUGUGAAAGUAAAGGCGAUUGAUUGCCCAUACCCUUGUGACAAAACAUGUCAUAACCUGGUUUCAAAACAUGUCAUAACCUGGUCUCAAAGUGAUUGAACUAUUUUACCUUUUUCCCUCAAUUUAUUUGGCUUGGAAUUGACAAUCAUAAGAUACAAAUUAACUAAGAGUUCGCAGAGGAAGGAUAAGUAAUCCCACCUCCAUGAUUCAUGUAUUCUUAUACUGUAAUGCUUGUAGAAUUAGG